CAUAGCAAACCCACCCACAGACAGCUCAGACCCAAACCCACACCCACCCGGAGCGGCUUCCCCUCUCCUCGAUUCCGUCCCUCCCACCUUCGCCCCCGAGCACCGACCGAACCCUAGAUCUCGCAGCAGCAGGCGGGAAGCGCACGCCAUGGCCAAGCCCUGGGGCGGCGUCGGCGCCUGGGCGCUGGACGCAGAGCGCGAGGAGGAGGAGCGCGAGCAAGCGGCAGCUUUCCCCGCGCCCGAGCCGCCCGCGGCGGCGGGCGGCGCCGCCAGCUUCCCCAGCCUCCGCGAGGCCGCAGCGGCCGGCGGGGGCAAGCAGAAGAAGAAGAAGGGAACCACUCUUUCUCUGUCGGAGUUCGCCACGUUUGGCGCGGCCGGGGCGCCGCGCCGCGCUGCCCCCGCGGAGCCCCGGGGUCUCACCACGCAGGAGAUGAUGAUGCUCCCCACCGGCCCGAGGGAGCGCUCGGAGGACGAGCAGGAUCGCUCCCGUUUGGGCGGAGGGUUUCGCUCCUACGGAGACAGAGAUCACGGUAGUGGAUUCGACGACGAUCGGCGGUCGAGUAGGGCUUCAGAUCUCGACAUGCCCUCCCGUGCUGACGAGUCAGAUAACUGGGGGAGGAAUAAGAGUUUCUCAUCGGCUCCUAGUGAUGCUGGCCGGCGUGAUAGUAGGUUCAGUGGCUCAUCUCCACUCGGUCGCGCAGAUGACAUCGAUAACUGGUCGCGUGACAAGAAGCCACUGCCGUCACGCUACCCUAGCCUUGGUUCUGGUGGCGGUUUCCGUGAAUCAUCCGGUGGCGACUUCCGUGAAUCAUCAGGUGGUGGUUUUCGUGAAUCAUCCGGUGGCGGUUUCCGCGAAUCAUCUGGUGGUGGAUUCCGCGACUCACCAGGACCAUCUGACUCUGAUCGAUGGGUCCGUGGUGUUAGCUCUGCCCCAAUGCCGCAGAACGGCGAUAGGCCACGUCUCAACCUCAAUCCACCAAAACGUGAUACCUCAGCUACCGAUGCGCCACCUGCUGAGGUUGCACGCAGCCGCCCGAGCCCAUUUGGUGCUGCAAAGCCCCGUGAGCAAGUGCUGGCUGAAAAAGGCUUGGAUUGGAGAAAGAUGGAGAGUGAGAUAGAGAAGAAGACCAGUCGGCCUACCAGCUCACACUCCAGCAGGCCAAACAGUGCACAUUCCUCUCGCCCUGGGAGCCCUGGCUCGCAGAUCUCUGCAGUUGGUAGUGAGGGAGCAUCGAGGGUGCGCCCAAAGGUAAAUCCAUUCGGUGAUGCGAAGCCGCGGGAAGUGGUGCUGCAGGAGAAGGGGAAAGACUGGAGGAAGAUUGACCUUGAGCUCGAGCAUCGUGCCGUUAAUAGGUCAGAGUCAGAUGAAGAGAAGAUUUUAAAAGAAGAAAUCAACCUUCUCAAGGUGGAUCUAAAAGAAAUUGAGGCCAAGACAAGUGAUGGUUCUGACCAAGCUUCCACAGACAAUGCAAAAGAUUUGUCUGAGAAGAUAUCUCAGAUGGAAAAGCAGCUUGAGCUGCUUACAGUUGAGUUGGAUGACAAAAUUCGUUUUGGGCAAAGACCUAGUUCUGGUGCAGGCAGGGUUACAUCAUUUCCACCAACUAGUUUAGCAGAGGAGCCACAUGUUACAGCGGCAAACAUGGACAGACCGCGCUCCCGUGGUGGUAUGGAAACAUACCCGAAACCAGUUGAGGAAAGGUGGGGAUUUCAUGGUAACAGAGAAAGAGGCUCUUUUGGUGGAGGCCGGAGUUCAGACAGGUCAACAAGUAGGCAGGGAUGGUGAAGAUGGGGGUUUGAGCAUCAUCUGUCAAGGAAACUUCUCUCUGUGGUCAUUUUUUUUUGAAAGAACGGGCAAAAAUAAGUCGUUUUAUUUUUGUUGUGUUUGACUCCCAUUUUGGUCGAGCUAGAAGAUUGGAGAGAACCUUUGUCAACGGAGGUUACUCUGCGUGAAGUUAUUGGUUACCACCUCUAUGCUGUAGGAUACUUUCUGUUUCUUUUUCUUGCCAUCUUCUAUGUCAAAACUAUACCUGGCAAAAUUUGAUGCUAAUUACUCUUGCAUCGUGGAUCCUUAUGCUUGAGCAGGAUAAUGAGAUAUUUUCUUCAGUGCA